AUGCCGACAUACCCAUCCCGUGAUGAGUACCGCCGUGUUCGCAAGGCGGAGGGGGAGAAGGAGAAGGGUCAGGGACCAGAGAACGAGAUUCGUGUGACGUCGAAGCACGGUCAGCGCAGCUAUAUUGCGUACGCAAUUGCCUUGCUCCGUGGUGAGGAAGGGAAGACGCAGUAUGACACCGUCAAGAUCAGCGCCAUGGGAGCUGCCAUCCACAACGCAGUGAACAUUGCUGAGAUUGUGAAGCGGCGUGUGGCUGGUCUGCACCAGACGACUGACAUUUCGUCGGAGGUCAUCCGUGACGAGUACGAGCCUGUUGACGAGAAGAAGGAACGACUUGAGGUGGAGCGGAAAGUGUCAACAAUCCUCAUCACGCUCUCCCUGAAGCCGCUGGACAAGAACCACGUUGGCUACCAGCCGCCGCUGCCGGAGGAGGAGGUGAAGGAGCAGGAGGAGCGUGAGCCCGGUGAGUCCACCGCCGGUGGCCGUGGCCGUGGGCCUCGAAACGCCACGAGGGGCGGCGGCAGUCGUGGCAGCGGAGGGGCUGCACGGGGCUCCUCACGGGGUGGCGGCAACUACGGAGGCCAACGCGGCAGCGGCCGUGGCGGAUCACGCGGCGGGGCAUCGCGGGGUGCGGCAUAG